AUGAACGAAGAAAGGGAAAAGGUCAAAGACAAAAAAGUCAAAGACACAGGAUCGAAUAUGCAAAUUUCGAUCCAAAAAGCCUAUAUAAAGGCCCAAAAAGCGGCAAGAAGCCAAGCCAUGGCGAAGUGUGCCCUGUGUGGCGGGGCAUUGCAAUGCCCUCGACAAGCCUGCCAGAAUAAAAGGAAGAUCUCCAAGCCCAAGAAGUCGACCAAGAAAGGACUAUUGGAUGCGAACAAGAGAAUGCAGGAGAAGACCAGGUGCACAAUUCGUCAGGUGCACUGUUCGGACCGAAUCAUGGCCGCGCCCAGCUUCAAAGCUGAAGUCGGCAUGCGCUACAAACCAAUUGAGGACCUUGCACUUGGCAAAACCAAUCGAGGACCUUGCACGCCAAACUGA